AUGGCAGACGACGACUCUUCAGACCUGUCUUCGCUGUCAUCGUUGUCGCCCGUGCCGUCCGAUAUCGAAUCCGAUGCAGAGCCAGAGCUCGAGACAAAAAAGGGCGACGGCAUCUUGAAGUUCUUCCCCAAGCUCACCAAAGGCAAGAAGACCGCAACUGCUGCCAAAGAGCCCUCACCGCCACCUCGCAAGCGUUCGCCCUCACCUCCGCACGAGAACACCUUCGAAGACAAUCCAGACAUCGCUUUUUUGGUUAUGUUUCGGAGCCGAUUCAACGAUGCCUUCCCGAAAUCCCUAGCCAACUUUGGACCCCAAGAGCUCGAGCGCGGCAUUAUCGACAAUCCUCCUAGCGAACGAGUCGAAGCCUUUCUCUGUGCGCUGCUCUUCUUGCUCCUCAACCGCAAGCAGGACGUUAAAGCUGGCCAAUACUCAAAGGCUCUGGACGAUGCACUGUCCGCUCACAAAUCUCAGUGGCCGAAGUCAUGGGGGGGCGUCAACCCGCUCUCGGGGAACAACACUUUCCACAGUAUUACACCCACCCAGAGGCUAUCUCUCCUCCGCGCGCUGGCCCUGUGGUCCCUCUCGGCGUCCGAAACUGUUAAGACGAUCAUCAACAAAUCCUACAAAGGGAAUCGCCACGAUGAUGACCUCAACCAGCCACUCUCAGUCCAGCCAUGGGGAUCAGACAGCGAUAAGAGACGAUACUAUCUAAUUGAGGGCUUGGAUGAUACUGCUUUCCGCGUCUAUCGCGAGAGCAACCCAGCGGGUUUCAACCGGACCUGGCGGUCAGUUGCUGGGUCAAUCGAUGAGAUCAAGGCCCUUGCAGACAAAUUGUCGACGAAGGAUGGUGGUCCCAGGGCCAGAAAGCUCGCAGACCAGAUGCUGCAGGCUAUUCCUCGGUUUGAGGCGACUGAGGAGAAACGGCGACGCAGAGAGUAUCGACAAGCGCAAAAGGCCCGGUUCAAGCGCCCCGAGCCUGGUUUCUCUGUCUAUGAGGGCCGCACGAGAGGCAAGCGGAUCAAGUACACUUACUCCGACGAUGAGGACUUCACAGACUCGUCGUCUCGGCGCUCAGCCCGCAACACAGGCACAAGCACACCUGCGGAGCCUGUUGGGCCGGUGACUACAGCAAGCGGACGUCAGAUCAGAGCUCCUCCCCGGUUGAAUGCGAGUAGUGCGGCUGGAAGUGUGAACGGAGACUCAGAGGAUUCGCAUCAGCAAUCGGAGCCCGCUGUUGGUCCCGGUGGCCGACCCCGACGAGCUGCUGUAGUUAACCAUGGUACAAAUGGAUGGUCAGCCAAAGGCAGUCGUACCCGCGGAAACAAGUCCAUGGACGACGAUGACGACGACGUCAGCGAGCCUGAUUUGGGUGACGAUGAAGAAGACCACGUACCGGAUGAGACUGAAGAGGACGACGAAGAGGACCUUGACGAGGAUGUGGAAAUGGCAGAUGAUGACUUGGCCGAUGAACCCCGGAAGAGCCUGAUUGUUAAGCUCUCGGUCAAGAAGUCACCGACUACAACAAAGAUGGCUAUGAUAACCCCUGCAUCAGAGGAUGAAAGGGCCAUGGCGAAUAACGACGAACUGGCAGACGAGAUCAUUGCUAAGCCCAAGGAAAGAACGCCGGAGCCGGUCAUCAAUGUGGCAACCAACAAGCAGCCGCUCAGUCCUGCAGCCGUGCAGACCUCUCUGGCUUUUAGAGGAAGCCCAGACAAGCCGCACUCACUGCCACAGCCGGUGGAUGUGGGCUCGCGCGAUUAG